GGCAGCUGGAGCAAAGAGGACGGCUUCCGGGUUUGGCGCGGCCUUUGUCUCUCGCUGCAUCUGGAGCUCUAGGUCGCAUCUUCGCUACUCUGUGUCCUCUGCUCCUAGAGGCCCACCCUCUGUGGCCCUGUGUCCUGUAGGUAUUGGGAGAUCCACAGCCAAGAUGCCGGGACCCCUUAGAAGCCUAGAAAUGGAAUCAUUGCAAUUUAGAGAUGUGGCUGUAGAAUUCUCUCUGGAGGAGUGGCAUUGCCUGGACACUGCACAGCGGAAUUUAUAUAGGGAUGUGAUGUUAGAGAACUACAGACACCUGGUCUUCCUUGGUAUUAUUGUCUCUAAGCCAGACCUGAUCACCUGUCUGGAGCAAGGAAUAAAACCUCUGACUAUGAAGAGACAUGAGAUGAUUGCCAACUCCCCAGUUAUGUGUUCUCAUUUAGCCCAAGACCUUUGGCCAGAGCAGAACAUAAAAGAUUCUUUCCAAAAAGUGGUACUGAGAAAAUUUGAAAAAUGUGGACAUGGCAAUUUACACUUCAAAAAAGGCUGUGAAAGUGUGGAUGAGUGUAAGUUACACAAAAGAGGUUAUAAUGGACUUAACCAAUGUUUGACAACUACCCAGAGUAAAAUAUUUCAAUGUGGUAAAUAUGUGAAAGUCUUUCAUCAAUUUUCAAAUUCAAAGAGACAUAAAAGAAGACAUACUGAAAAAAAACCUUUGAAAUAUAUAGAAGGUGACAAAGCUUUUAACCAGUCCUCAACCCAUACUACACAUAAAAAGAUUGAUACUGGAGAGAAACCAUACAAAUGUGAAGAAUGUGGCAAAGCCUUCAACCGGUCCUCACACCUUACUACACAUAAGAUAACUCAUACUAGAGAGAAACCCUACAAAUGUGAAGAAUGUGGCAAAGUCUUUAAGUACUUCUCUAGCUUUACUACACAUAAGAAAAUUCAUACUGGAGAGAAACCCUACAUUUGUGAAGAAUGUGGCAAAGCCUUUAUGUACCCCUAUACCCUUACUACUCAUAAGAUAAUCCAUACUGGAGAGCAACCCUACAAAUGUAAAGAAUGUGACAAAGCUUUUAACCAUCCUGCAACUCUUUCUUCACAUAAGAAAAUUCAUACUGGAGAGAAACCAUACAAGUGUGAUAAAUGUGGCAAAGCCUUUAUUUCAUCCUCGAUCCUUAGUAAACAUGAGAAGAUUCAUACGGGAGAGAAACCCUACAAAUGUGAAGAAUGUGGUAAAGCCUUCACCCGUUCCUCACACCUUACUAUGCAUAAGAUAAUUCAUACUGGAGAGAAACCAUACAAAUGUGAAGAAUGUGGCAAAGCCUUUACAUGGUCUGCAGGCCUCCAUAAACAUAGGAGAACUCAUACUGGAGAGAAACCCUACAAAUGUGAAGAAUGUGGCAAAGCGUAUACUACAUCCUCAAAUCUAACUGAACAUAAGACAACUCAUACUGGAGAGAAACCUUACAAAUGUAAAGAAUGUGGCAAAGCUUUUAACUGGUCCUCAGACCUUAAUAAACAUAAGAGAAUUCAUAUUGGACAGAAACCAAGAACGUGACAAAGGAUUAUUUUAUUAUUAUUAUUAUUAUUUUUUUGAGAGGUAAUUUUGCUGUUGUUUCCCAGGCUGGAGUGCAAUGGCAUAAUUUUGGCUCACCACAACCUCCACCUUCUGGGUUCAAGUAACUCUCCUUAGUAGCUAGGAUUACAGGGCUGCACCACCACACCUGGCUAAUUUUGUAUUUUUAGUAGAGAUGGGGUUUCUCCAUGUUGGUCAGGCUGGUCUCAAUCUCCUAACCUCAGGUGGUCUGCCUGCUUUGGCCUCCCAAAGUGUUGGGGUUACAGGCAUGAGCCACUGUGCCUGGCUGACAAAGAUUUUUAAGGAAGUUCUCAACCCUUAUUACACAUAAUUCAUACUGGACAGAAACCCUACAAGUGUGAAGAAUGUGGCAAGCCUGUAACAAGUUCUCAAUUCUUUUAUUUUUAUUUAUUUAUUUAUUUUUUGAGAUGCAGUUUCACUCUUGUGACCCAGGCUGGAGUGCAAUGGCACGAUCUUGGCUUACUGUGACCUCUGCCUCCUGGGUUCAAGCCAUUCUCCUGCCUCAGCCUCCCGAGUAGCUGGGAUUACAGGUGCCACCACGAUUCCCAGCUAAUUUUUGUAUUUUUAGUAGAGAUGGGCUUUUGCCAUAUUUGCCAGGCUGGUCUCAAACUCCUGACCUCAGGUGAUCCACUCGCCUCGGCUUCCUAAAGUGCUGGGAUGACAGGCAUGAGCCUCAAUUCCCAGCCACAAGCUCUUAAUUCUUAAGAGACACGGCGAUAAUUCAUGGUGAAGAGGAACUUUACAAACCUGAAAGAUGCGACAGUGCUUUUCCCAACACCUCCAACUUUUCUAUGCAUAAAAAAAAUUACACUACACCAUAGAAAUGUAUGAAAUGUGACAAAGCCUUUAUAUGGUUGCCACACUUUAUUGUAGGUAAGGUAAUUCAUACUUCCAAAAUACCUACAAGUAUGAAGAAUGUGGCAAAACUUUUAAUCAGUGCUUACACCAUAUUUCACAGGAAAGCUAUUAUCCUUGAGAAAAAUUGUACAAAUAUAAAGAAUAUGGAAAAGCCAUUAAUGCCCAUCACAUCUUACUCAACAGAAGAAGGUUCAUAGUUAAUAAAAAUAAAAGAGCAAUUACUGUGAAAAAAAUCUUUCAGAAAAUAUAAGCCUUUAAGGUGAAGAAGAGUAUUGAUUCUGAAGACAAGCAUUACAAAUAUAAAGAGGUUUGUAGUACCUUUGCUUGUAUUACAGAUCUUAUUGCCCGCAUUUUGUAUUAGAAGGAAACCCUAAAGCGGUUGUGAAGCUUUGUGCAACAUCAGGGAAUGUAUAUUGAAGAAGAUUCCUGCAAAGGUAAUGAGUUUGGAAACACUUCUUAGAUAAAUUAUUUGUGGCUGGGCACAGUGGCUCAUGCCUGUAAUCCCAGCACUUUGGGAGGCCAAGGUGGGAGGAUCACCUGAUGUCGGGAGUUUGAGAUCAGGCUGACCAAAAUGGAGAAACCCAGUCUCUACUGAAAAUAUAAAAUUAGCCAUGCGUGGUGGCACAUGCCUGUAAUCCCAGCUACUCAGGAGGCUUGAACCCUGGAGGCAGAGGUUGUGGUGAGUCGAGAUCAUUGCACUCCAGCCUGGGCAAUAAGAGCGAAACUCUGUCUCCAGGAAAAAAAAAAAAAAAUUUAUUUGUGUAUAACUUUAAAAGCAGAUUUUUGGAAGCAUUGUAAUUACAUUAAAAGUAUACUUGUUUCAGCUGCAUGUGGUGGCUCAUGCCUGUAAUCCCAACACUUUGGGAGGCCAAGGCAGGUGGAUCACGAGGUCAGGAGUUCAAGACCAUCUUGGCCAAGAUGGUGAAACCCUGUCUGUACUAAAAAUACAAAAAUUAGCCAUGCAUAGUGGCGGGCGCGUAUAAUCCCGGCUGCUUGGGAGGCUGAGGCAGAGAAUUGGAAUUGCUUGAACCUGGGAGGUGGAGGUUGCAGUGAGCCGAGGUUGCACCAUUGUCCAGCCUGGGCAACAGAGCAAGACUCCAUCUCAAAAAAAAAAGUAUAUUUGUUUCCUUAAAAAAAUUUUUCUGAAAAGUGGAUAAUGAUGUAAUACAGCUUUCAAAUUACUUUAUGCUGUUAUUUUAUUCUUAUUGUAUUCACAUGUGAAAGCAUGUGAUCAAUUUUUGCUGCAUCAGAGAUAUUAGAGAUAGUUUUUUAUUAAUUGGGCAUUUAUGACCUUUUCUAUAAAAGUAAGGACAUUAAAAUGUAAGAUGUAUGAUGAAAAUAUAAGUGGAGAGGCUCUUUGUAGUUAACCUAUAUGAAGUAAUGUAUAAGGUAGGUCAGAGUAAUACUUUUCUACAUUAUAGUGCAAGAAAUAAUUAUAGAUAAAAGUAUAUUAAACUAAAUUCGUAUAUUUUACUUAUUGUACUUUUAUGUAAUAAAAUGCAGUACAUUUAAAAAUUGUUAGAUUAUGUGUGAAUUUAAUUUUAUGUUUUUUACCAUGUUAAGACUAUUGUGCAUUUAAUGAAGCAUUAUUAUGCCACUAACCUAUCCCACCUUACUCAAAGGUGUAGGUAAAAGAUGGUAGCAAUAUACUAUUUGGUACAUAAUGGAAUAAUGUCUCUAGUAAUCACUUUGCCAGUGGGUUUAAACAGCAAAUGAAUUUAAGAAUAUUGUUCCCAUAGGUUAAAUUUUUAUUCUCUUUUCUUACUGAAAUUUAUUAUUAGUAUUUGUGAGUAUAUAGUAUAUGUAUAUAUUUAUGCUUUAUAUGGCAUAUUUUGAUUCAGGCCUACAAUAUGUAGUAACUACAUUAGGGUAAAUAAGGUAUCUAUCACCUCUAGCAUUUAUCCUUUUUAUUAAAAACAGUGUAAUUAUAUACUUUUAGUUAUUUUAAAAUGUACAAUAAAUUGUUAUUGACUACAGGGUUAUUUUUAUGAUCAUAAUAAAAAUUAUACAGAAAUAUAAAUAAAAUACAGCCAGGCCCAGUGGCUCAUGCCUGUAAUCCCAGUACUUUGGGAGGACAAGGCAGGUGGAUUGCCUGAGGUCAGGAGUUCAAGACUAGCCUGGCCAACGUGGUGAAACCUCGUCUACUAAAAAUACAAAAUAUAGUUGGGCAUUGUGGUGCAUGUUUGGAGGCUGAGGCAGGAGAUUCACUUGUAACUGGGAGCUGGAGGUUGCAGUGAGCUGAGAUUGCACCACUUCACUCCAGCCUGGGCGACAGACUCAAUCUCAAGAAAAAAAGAAA